GAGCCCGCGGCGGGCCGGAACCGGGCCCGGGCCCGCGGCCGCGAGCCACCGCGAUGGUCACUUGGCGACGAGACGGGCGGCUCACGGGCGGCCAACGGCUGGUGUGCGCCGGCCUAGCCGGGGCGCUCAGCCUCAGCCUCACGGCCCCGCUGGAACUCGCCACCGUCCGGGCCCAGGUGGGCGCGGGCCCGGGCCAGCCGCGGGGCCCGUGGGCCGCCUGCCGGAGCGUCUGGCGCACCGAAGGGCCCCGGGCCCUGUGGAAGGGCAACGGCGUGGCGUGCCUGCGCCUCUUCCCCUACAGCGUGCUGCAGCUGGCUGCCUACCGCAAGUUCAUACUGGUGUUCAUGGAUGAUCUGGGUUACGUUUCCCAGUGGAGCGCAAUCAUGGCUGGAAGUCUCGCCGGCAUGGUGGCCACCAUCGUCACCUACCCAAGUGACGUCAUCAAAACUCGGUUGAUUAUGCAGAACUUGCUGAAGCCAUCUUACAAGGGAAUCUGCCACGCUUUCUGUACUAUUUAUCAGCAGGAAGGCUUUCUGGCACUUUACCGAGGAGUUUCCCUCACCGUUCUAGGUGCUCUGCCAUUCUCUGCCGGCUCUUUCCUAGUUUACGUGAACCUUAAUCGCAUCUGGAAUGGGCGCCAAGAUCGGUUUUCCCCACUCCAGAACUUUGCCAACAGCUGCCUUGCUGCUGGGGUCGCCCAGACGAUCUCCUACCCUUUCGACACCAUGAAGAGGAAGAUGCAGGCCCAGAGUCACUGCCUCCCUUUUUGUGCUAGUGGAAACAACAAUUUCUCAGGGGCAGUGGCCUGCUUUCACCAGGUAGUGAAGGCCCAGGGUGUGCUGGCCCUCUGGAACGGACUGUCUGCCAACUUGCUAAAGAUCGUUCCAUAUUUUGGAGUAAUGUUUAGCACCUUUGAGUUUUGCAAGAGAAUCUGCCUUUAUCAAAACGGCUAUACCGUGUCCCCUUUGAGCGCUAAGCUUACCCCAGGCGUAGAUCAGAGUUUGCGGCCACAAGAAUUACGGGAAUUACAGAAGUUUUUCAAAAACAGCCAAUUUUGAGACCAGAAAAGCCACUCUGUAAAACUAUACAAGGCCGAAAGGUGUGUUAAAAACACACACGUAUGUACCACCUUAUGAGCUUAUGAUGUCGGAAGAGGUUGCCUCUGUCCACCAUGCUGAAAAAAAAUGAGAAGCUUGACUCUUUCACCAUCUGAUCUGUGGACCUCAGGCCUUAUUCAUGACUGCACCACUGCAGAGUUGGGGGUCUACUUUGAUUAAAGUGCCUGGAGUUCUCCAUCACUAUCUCAUGAAUUAUAUCUAGCAUCCCAAGGAUGUGACCGAACGGUCGGUCCCAGCUCAGAGCUUUCUAAGAUCAGCUUACCAAAGCAAGAACAAAACUCAUAUCCAUCGAAAAGAGAUGCAAAGACCUAAAGAAACAGGCUUACUGUGUUCUUCAAAGAAAGGCGGAACGUAGGUUGGCGUGUACAUUCGUAGACCAGAUCACACUCCCCCGCCUUGCUUCCCAGUAUUCUCUGCUUGUAGCAACUAGCAGUGACUGCAAAAUUCACCCAAACCAACACAGCUCCAGUUUGACUCGUUUGGUCUAGACAUUCUCAAUGUAAGAAUUCAUGGCUCCAUCCCUAAUCCUUUGAAGAAAAAAAAAGGAUGAAAAUCGAUUUCCAAAUCUCUCUUUUCAAGUUUAGGAAGCCUAAGUCGUUUGUUAGGUAAAAUGUUCCUAUCUAUUUUUAUGGUGACCUCUAAAUUGUCCUGCUGUGGACAGAUUCAUAAAAGUGACUCACCAGUGCCUUUGACCUUAAUAAUUUUACUCUUGCCCAGCAAAGCCAAGAAUUAGUUGGCAAUUCCAAUAGCCCUCAUUCAUUUUAUACUACAGCCCUUCUUGCAAAGAAGGGAAGUAAGAGUGCCUUAGAUUAGUCUUAGAAGAUCAUCAAGUUUGAGCCUUUGGGGAGGAAGACAAAAAUCGGAACAGAAAAAAUACUUUGAGGUUCUUCAAGCCGCUGAAGAAAUCACCUUUGAGGAGCAAAAUACCAUGGAUCUACACUAAGGCCAUAGAAUCUUACCUUUCAGAUAAUUCUUACUUAUAUAGUCUUUAAAAUCACUAAUGCCUAAUUGUCAUAUUAAUAACCAUGUCUUUGAGAUUGGAUUAUUUUUUUCAGCAUUUCGAAGGUAUGUAUAUUAAAUUAAUUUCUCAUUA